GCCGCUUCGACAGCGUGACGGUGGAGUGGGGCGGCGCUCCCAUCGUGCUCUGCUCCGACUCCGUGCCGCCGCCCGUGUCGUCGCGUGCGCGGUCGCUCAACGUCUCCUUCCACAGCGACGCGGGGCUCCACUUCCGCGGCUUCCGUGCCACCAUCACGUUCCUGCCCGUAGCAGAUGAGGAGGAGACAACGACGACGAGACGAACGACGACGGCCAUGGGGCCACCACAACCCAGCCGGACUGCGAGCACCACCAGCCCCCCACCGUCGCCGCCACCGCCCCCCGUGCGGCAGCUUUUCAGUGGCUCGCUGACGUUCGACAACGUGGAGUUCACGCCGGCGCUGGGCGACAGGGAGAGCAACGUCUUCAGGGCCAUGGCAGAGCACGUGGCUCACCUGCUGGAGCAGGCGCUGGGCGAUGAGGAGGUGCGCGCGGUGGUGACGGAGUUCGCGCGGGGCAGCGUGGUGGCGCGCUACGAGCUCGCCGUCACGUCCGCCCGCCUGGUGUCCGCGGACGAGCUGCAGGGCCGGGUGGCGCGCCACAUCGGGCAGCAUGGAGGACGCCUCGGGGACCUGGCCGUCGCACCCGGGUCCUUGCACGUGGCCGACGGCCCGUCCUCGUCAGCGUCAUCAUCGUCGUCGUCCGUGUCGGGACCUGGGACCUCAUCGCGUCUUACCGUCGGCCUCUCCGUGGGGCUUCUGCUGCUGCUGGGCAUCGUGGCGGCUGUGGCGGCCGUCGUUCUGAUGCGGAAGCGGCAGGAGGGGGCCCUGCUCAAGCUCCCGUUCAUGUAUUUCCGCAAGAAGCCGCUGAAGGAGGACAUCACCGGCCUGGACGACAAGCAGGGGGAGACACCAGCCUACAGCAACCCGGUUGUUGGGAUGGAUAACAACACAUACAGCAUACCCGUGCAAGGCUUCUCGGAGACCUAGGCCCGGACGCGUUCAUUCUGCAAGACUCUUACGCCUGUCUCUAAAACCCUCCGAGUCACCUUUAAAAACUAAAAAAGCAAUUAUCUUUUGGGUGUUCUUAGAAAGGGGUAACUUUCCUGUAAACCUAUUACCAUUUUAGACCCUGGAUAUGCUUUUUAAGGGCUGGCAGUUUGCUUUAAACAUUUUUUUUUAUUUGGGGUGUUUGCACAUGAAGGGCAGAAUCGUAAUGUUAUAAACACAGCGGUGUGAAGGAAAUAUUUACCUAAUGUAAACAGUUAUUUGCCAAAAUAGAAGCACAGCCAAGAAACGUUCACUUGGGGGGUUGUGUUAGAGAACACACAUUCUGGCAAGCGGUAAUACAAAUGUGUGUGUCUGUAUGUAUGUAUGUGUUUGUGUGUGUCUGUGUGUGUGUGGAAGGUGUUGGCGCAGUGGUUAGUUCACUGUGUCGAGUGUGAUUACUGGCCACGGCUAACAUCAGUGGCAAGUGAUAUCUGAACUGGCCCUGGGCCUCCUCUGAAUCGACCCUGGGCCUCCCAGGGCCAGUUCGUACUGGCCUCAUGCUACAACGCUGGGCUGGACAGCACCAGGGGUAGUCCCCUGCAACCAAGGUGCAGGCAGUGGAGUGGGACCUGCCAGUCCCUCCUAGCCUGCCAGAAAGCCGGUGAAAAAGGCUCGGCACAUGGGUCACAAAGACGUGCAAUGCUCUGCACCCAGGCAGCUGGGGCAGACUGCAUAUUGAUCAAGGUUAUCUAAAGUCUUAGGACAAGGUCAGGCCCUUUCCAUUUUUGCUUUACCAAACAAGAAGAAAGAAAUACAUUGAAAUAAAGAAGAGAGAAGAAUGGGCGAAUGAUACAAGCCUGUGCAAGGCCAGGUCCAUAAAAUCCGAGGAAGAUAGAACCGCAAUCCUCUUUAUAGGUGCAGGUGGCAUGGUCCUUUAAAAGAAGUAUUCUCUGCAUAGCCUGGCGACAUCCUGAUGAAAUACCUAAUAGGAUUGUAGGUGCUGCUGGACUAUUUAAAACAUUACAGUUUUUGUUGUGUGUAAAAGUUUGUAGGUGAAUGUGGCCCGGUGGCCGUGGUCAGGCAGCUAGAGGGUUCAAUGAGCUGGAACCACUGAUAUUUUAAAUUCGAAACUAGUCUCAGCUACCUGUGAUUAAAGUGGAAUCUCAAGUGUCGCAAGUUGAUGAUCUCAGCACUGUCACAAGUGAUAGCCCCCAAAAAUACAAUUGGAUUAAGUUUGGUUUUGCACUUGGUUUGGUUCAAUUCCUGCUCCGAGUAUUAGAAUAUUACUCUUAGGUUUUUUCGGUAAAGUCACGUAGGUAAAAAAUUAUUUGUUUAAUUAAAAUUUAUAAAAGUAAAAUAAAAAUCACAGGUGGAACCGUCACAGCACGCUUGCUGUGACGGUUCCACCUGAAGACGGAAGCUUGUGUUGCCUCCGAAACGUGAUUUUUAUUUAACUUUUAUUACUAUUAUUAUUUUUUACCUACGUGACUUUACCGAAAAAACCUAAGAGUAUGAAUCCUUGCAGUCACGAAAGCUUCAAAUCUAGAAUUAUUAGAAUAUUGGUUUGACUGCCACGUGAUGAACAUUACUCUGUACCACAGUGGAUGGAAAAAGUGUUGCCCCCUACUCUGAACAUCAGAGGUCAUUUGACGGUAUCUCAGAAGUGGUUCUGUUAAGUCCACUUUCCCCGGGCCAUAAUUUAAUAUGGAGUUGCAUUGCCCUACAAGAAGUUCCACAUUGAUUGUUUAUCUCAUAAAAUGACCCUGCUAGCGGGAUCAAAUUAGGUAAGGAACAUUUUUGGAUACAGAAAUAUCAUUGCCAUGUUAAAUGAGCAGAAUUAAAAUAGAUUAUCACUAAGAUCUGGUCAUAAGUGCCAUUCAUUUGACAGAAUUUGGCUUUUGAGUUAUUUAAAGCAAUAUAAAUUUUGACUACCAUUCGCCAAAUUAAGAUUAAACAUUUCUCUGUAGCAGGGCACGUGGGAAACUGCAGCACGACAUAGUAUGUGGAUUAAAAAAGAAAGUUACCUAAAGGGAGCUCAGAAAAAAGUUCUGUAAUAUCAUUUUUUGCAGCUCAUUUCUUUAACACGGAGAAAUGCAACUGCUCUACUUGGAGAGUUGACAAAUGGACACCUCUUCAUCUCCUGACAAGAGGACUGGAAUUAAACUGGGAGAAAAAUAUUUUCAAAGUGUUUGUUUCGCAAAGAGUGAUUUGUUGAACGCCGAGUGCGUGUGUUGUAUGCUUGGUGAUGGAUUAAAGGGUUACAGGAGCCUGCUAGCGAGUGCGGUAACAUAGUUUGACAUGUAAUUCUUCUUAUAGGUAGACUGAGAUGCACACGUGAUUAUAAAAUUUACAAGUGAGACGUGUAUUCUGUAUAUUAUGGAUUGUAUUUUUCUGCAUAAGCUACCUAUCACUUGUACACAAUGUGCCUUGAUUUGAAUAAACCAUCAUAUAAAGAAA